AUGUCUAGUCCACAGACCAUCUAUGAAAAUAAAACCAUCCAACAUGAAAAUCAGCCUUCAUCGGCUGAGUCGUCUUGCCACAUUCCCGAUGAAAAAUGGAAUCAUCCACGAUCCAACAUAGCAAAGACACUGGCAACAUUCUGGAGCUUUUUAAUAAUGGGAGCAAACGACUCCGCAUACGGUCUCGAAACCUACUACAACCUCUCCUACACAAUCGUCUCCCUAGUCUUCCUCUCACCACUCCUCGGCUACGUCACCGCCGCCAUUGUAAACGAGCGAGCACACUGUGCCAUAGGCCGACGAGGCGUAGCCUUCGUCUCAUCUUUGUGCCACCUAAUAGCCUACAUCUUGAACUGUGUGCAUCCGCCAUACCCAGUUCUCGUCGUGUCAUUCAUAUUCGCAGGUCUGGGAAACGGGCUCGCGGACUCGGCAUGGAAUGCCUGGAUUGGAAAUCUGGAUAAUGCGAAUCAAUUACUCGGUCUGCUUCAUGGGGCUUAUGGGGUAGGUGCUGUUAUCAGCCCGCUCAUUGCAUCGCUGCUUGUUGCGGAUGCUGAAUUACCGUGGUAUUAUUUUUAUUACAUUAUGAUUGGAGGCGCUGCGAUCGAAGUUCUCGUCUGCGUUUCGUGUUUCUGGGAUUCUACAGGAGAAUUGUUCCAACUCGCGAAGAAACAACAGCCUGGUGAUACAUCCGAGAAAGCAGGUUUGUGGAGCGUCCUGUCUAAAAUGCCCUCUGCACGAAUUACUUGGACCUGCGCAAUCUUCCUACUUGGAUACGUUGGCGUCGAAGUCGCAUUAGGAGGAUGGGUCGUGACAUUCAUGAAAGAAGUGCGGCACGCCGCACCCUUUUCCAGUAGCAUGACCUCGACAGGAUUCUGGCUCGGGAUAACCCUUGGACGGGUUGUCCUUGGGUUCGUGACUCCUUUGAUUGGCGAGAAGCUUGCCAUCUCGAUUUAUAUCUCGCUCGAGAUAGCAUUUUGUCUCAUUUUAUACCUGGUUCCGAACUUCUACGCUGGUGCAGUCGCAGUGUCAUUGCAGGGGUUCUUUCUUGGUCCGUUGUUCCCGGCGGUUGUGGUUGUUACAACGAAACUCUUGCCAAAACACCUGCAUGUCAGCGCCAUUGGGUUUGCAGCAGCCUUUGGUGGUGGUGGUGCAGCUGUUCUCCCAUUUAUUGUGGGUGUACUUGCACAAGCUAAGGGUGUUGAAGUUUUGAUGCCGUUCAUCAUAGCGCUUUCGGGGGCGAUGUUGCUCCUUUGGAAUCUUCUUCCGGGAAUUCCUAGAGAUAACAGUGCAUCUACUAAUGAUAACCAUGGAGCAUGUUAG